AUGACUAGAAGGAAAGAUCUCAGUGCGGCAGAACGACAAGCUAUUGCAUUGUUUCUUCUUCAAAACUCUUCAAAUGGGAAGCUUCACUAUGGGACAGCCAAGGCAGCCAUGGAGAAAUGGGGAUGUUGUCGAAGUUCUAUCGCCCGUUUGUGGAAAGCUGCAAAAGAAGAACAUGCACAAGGUCAGUUGGUUACCGUUCAAAGCAAAAAAAUCAGCAAGAGUCGAAGGAAAAGAGUGCACAUAGAUUUGGAACUCAUUUCAAGUCUUGAAUUGCACAAAAGGGGUACAAUUCGAAGGCUUGCAACCGGCAUAAACUGCUCAAAGAGCACAGUUGGUAGAUGGAUAUCAAAGGGGCUGAUCAGACCUCAUUCUAGUGCCAUUCGACCAGAUUUAACAGCCCCCAACAAGUUAUUACGGCUGCGGUUCUCUCUACAACAAGUUGUGUAUGACAGAAUAUGCAAUGUCCUCAAAUUCAAUAACAUGCACAAUGUUAUUCAUGCUGAUGAGAAGUGGUUCUACAUGAGCAAAGUAAAUCACAAAUUUUACUUGACUCCAGCAGAAAUCGACCCACACCGCACAUGUAAAAGUAAAAAGUUCAUCAAAAAGGUUAUGUUCCUAUGUGCAGUGUGUAGGCCCUUAUUUGAUGAAGAUGGGAGUGUAUUAUUUGAUGGCAAGAUAGGGAUUUUCCCUUUCACUGAGAUGGUGCCAGCCAAAAGAAGAUCCAAGAACAGAGAGGCUGGAACCUUAGAAGAGAAGCCAAUUCAGUCCAUCACUAGAGAAGUGAUGAAGGACAUGUACAUCUACAAGCUUAUACCUGCAAUCAUGGCCAAGUGGCCCCAAUUUGCAAGCAAAACCAUAUACAUACAGCAAGAUAAUGCUAAGCCCCAUAUAAAAGAUGAUGAUCCAGAUUUUAGAGCAGCUGCAAGUGCAAAUGGCUUUGAUAUUAGAAUUAUUCAUCAGCCUCCAAACAGCCCAGACACCAACAUCAAUGAUUUAGGUUGGUUUAGGGCUAUUCAAAGCUUGCAAGUGCAGGCUGUUAGCACAAAUGAAGGGGAACUAGUGCAGGCAGUUCAGAAAUCCUUUGAGGAGCUCAGUGCAUUUACUUUAAACAAUGUGUUUUUGAGCCUACAGGGAUGCUUAACUGAGAUCAUGAAAGUUAAAGGUCAGAAUUGUUAUAAAAUCCCACACAUGAAGAAGGGGAUGUUAGCAAGACAGGGAAAUUUGCCAAUGGCAUUGGAGGUCCCUAAAGAGCUAGUGGAAGAGUGUUUGGCAUACUUGACUGAAAAGGGAGAGGUGGAUGGCAUAGAUGAGUUUAGAGAGCAGUUGGGUUUAGUAGAGGAUGGCAGAGAUCAGUUUGGAUUACAAGAGGAUGGCAGAGAUCAGUUUGGAGUAGAAGAUGAUGGCAGAGAUCAGUUUGGAGUAGAAGAUGAUGGCAGAGAUGACAUUGGAUUAGAAGAGGAUGCAUAUGAUGCAAUGGAGGCAGCCUUCAAUCAAAUGAAAUUGAUUGAGGAUGCCUCCAUUUAG